GUCAUUUCAGACUUCAGUAAUCGAAGAGUUAAGUUCACAAACAAUUGACUGGAAUCAAUAUUUUACACCUGAGGAGCAGAGGAACUCAGAGCAGAGACAUGGAGGAAAUGACAAUAUGGGAACAACACACGAUAAUGUUGAUCAAAGACCCUAAGAUGGGCUUUGGUUUCGCUCUCUCUGGUGGGCGUGACAAACCUCACCCAGAGACGGGAGACACAGCGGUCAUCGUGUCUGAUGUCGUACGGAACGGCCCAGCCAUGGGUCGACUACAAACCCAGGACCAGAUCGUCAUGGUCAACGGCGUUUCCAUGGAAAAUGUGUCAUCUAAUUACACUAUUCAACACCUCAAGAGCUGUGGCAAAACAGCCAAUAUUACGGUAAAGAGGCCCAGAGUGAUCCAGAUCCCAGCCAGCACCAGACCCGUACGGGCCGCGUCACAUUCCAACCUGCUGGACGACCCGCCGCACCGCAGGAAUCGCCGCGGCUCUGGCAGUCCCCACGGUUACGGUCGCCGGGCGCGCAGCGCCACUCCCGACCGCAACGGCCACGACCUGCCGCUCAUGUCGGGGUUCAAACGGCUGCCGUCGCAGGACGUGUUGGAGAGACCAAUCAGAGCCACGCUGGUGAAGAAGAAAGCCACAGACGAGUACGGCAUGAAGUUAGGAAGCCAGAUUUUCAUUAAACACAUGACUCCGACCGGACUGGCCUCAAAGGAGGGCUCCCUGCAGGAAGGAGACCUGGUUCUGAAGAUUAACGGGAUGGUCACAGAGAACCUGUCCCUGCUGGAAACCAAGCACCUGGUGGAGAAAUCCCGUGGAAAACUGACCAUGCUGGUCCUCAGAGACGACCGUAAAUUCCUGGUCAGCAUUCCGGAGGUGGAAGACAGCCCACGGAACAGCGAGGGUGACCAAGGAAACAGCAGCUCCGAACUGGAAGACAUUUCUGACCUGGACUCAGAUAGCCCCGCCCGCAACAGGACGUCCCGUCCACCGGGACGAGAGCGUCGCACACGCAGAACCAGAGCCGAAGCCCCGCCCGUAGCGAAGUCUCGUGAUUCAUCGCCCGUGCGGUCCACUCUGUCCCGCCCCAUCGCUUACGCCGCACCCCCCCGCAGGGUUCCCUCUGACUCCGACUCAGACCGCAGUCCCUCCCCUCCUCCUCCUGCAAGGGACGGUCCGGACAACAGGGACAAAUACAGGAUGUUAUCAGGGAUCUCCACACUGCCAAAUCCUCGAGCAUCGCCCAUCACACAAAACUGGAACGCUCCGAGACCUUCGUCAGGAGCCUCACGACCUCGAAAAGCGGUUUCUGAAUCUGACUCAGACAGGAGUGCCUCUCCCCCACGCCGACGCGAGAGUCCCAGAGCUGAUGACCACUCCAGAUACAGAGUUCUUCCAGACCUCCCUCCUCCUGGAUUGAGGGCGUCUCCUCUACAUCAUGACUACCCCCGCAGGGGAUCCUCCCCAUACAGGCCCCCUCCCCCAGAUGACUCGGAGUCAGAGUCGGAUGGCAGUGACAGAGCCCCACGCAGAAUGGGCACCCCUGUCAGCCAGGACUCCCGCAAUAGAUACAGAGCCACGCCAGAGGUCAUCUCUGCUCCUGCCAUUCAGCCUCCAAACUGGUCUGCUCCCAAAACCUCCAGCCUCAACAGGAGAGGUCCCACAGAGUCUGAAUCAGAGGCCAGCAGUGGAAAUUCAAGAACGAGAUCAGGAAGUGCUUUCAGGACGAGGGCGACUCCGGUCCGCCUGGAUUCUCCUCGCAGAAGCCCCUCCCCCACCCGCCCACCUGAAGAUUCCUCAGAGUCUGAAAGAGCUCCAUCUCCACCAGUCAGACAGGACAGCAGCACAGACCAAGACAGCCAUCGCAGUUUUCCUCGUGCGGCCAAUGGGAAUACCCGGAUUGGAACUUACAAAAGCAGCAGCUCCAAGAUUAAUGCAAAGCCUAUAGAGGAACCGCUCUAUUCUCUCCCUCCGGACGCCAUCCCUGUGCCAAACCCAGGGUACAGCUCUGAUCAGAACAGGGUGGAGUUUGUGAAGGAGGGGAGUGUCGGCCUGAGGCUCGUGGGUGGGAACGAUGUAGGCAUUUUUGUGGGCGGAGUUCAGCCCAACAGCCCCGCCCAGAAGCAAGGCAUUAAAGAAGGAGACCAGAUACUGCAGGUGAACGGCGUAGACUUUGGUCACUUCACACGAGAAGAAGCGGCCAUGUUCCUGCUCAACAUUCGCACGGGAGAGAAACUUGACAUUCGCACACAGAACAAAAUAGACAUCUAUAAGAAGAUCCUAAAAUCCAGCCUGGGAGACUCGUUCUACAUCCGCACACACUUUGACCACGAGGCCGAGGGCACGCUUGGCCUGAGCUUCACCAGGGGAGAGGUGUUCCGCAUACUGGACACCAUGCACCGCGGCAAACUGGGCAACUGGCUGGCCGUCCGAAUGGGCAAUGACCUGCACGAGAUGGAUAAGGGGACCAUCCCCAACCAGGCCAGGGCGGAAACUCUGGCUAGUUUGGAGCGAUCUCAAAAAGCCAGCGGAGGAGAGAGACAGGGCCCCGGACCCAGAGCUGAAUUCUGGAAACUACGGGGUCUCAGAGGAGCCAAAAAGAACGUCAGACGGACUCGUGAUGACCUUCUUCAGUUAACCAUUCAGGGCAAAUUCCCAGCAUAUGAGAAAGUUCUACUCAGAGAAGCCAAUUUCAAAAGGCCAAUAGUCAUUUUGGGUCCUCUGAAUGACAUUGCCAUGGAGAAGCUGUCCAGAGAAAUGCCUAAUGAAUUUGAAAUAGCAGAGAUGGUUCCCAGAGGUGGUGGAGAUGGUUCGUCCACGGUCAUCAAACUAGACACAGUCAGGAAGAUUGCAGAACAGGACAAGCACCCCCUGGUGGACAUCACACCUACUGCAAUAGAGAGACUAAAUUACAUCCAGUAUCACCCCAUGACGCUUUUCCUGGACCCCCAGAGCAGGAAAGACGUCAAAACCAUGAGACAGAGAUACUCCCCCAACUCCAACAAGAGUUCCCGCCGCCUCUACACGCAGGCCCUGAAAAUGAGGAAGCACUACAGUCACCUGUUCUCAGCACGGAUCGACCUCCAGCCCAACUCUAACAUAUGGUACGAGAUUUUGAAGGACAAGAUCCGGCAACAGCAGUCAAAGCCAGUCUGGGUGUCUGAAGUGAUGCUGGAAGGAGGUGGAGAGGAGGAGCUGGAUGUCCUGAGUCGUUCACACUCGACUGAUUACCUGAGCUGCGACAGCCGUGCGGCCAGUGACUAUGAGGACACUGACGGAGAACCCUUCACAGACGGAGAGGUCUAUACCGACAACGAAGACCUAGACGACGCCUUUCAGGACCAGCCGGCCGGGCUGCACCGACACCAGAGCAAAGCCCUGGCCCGCUCUUCAGAACCAGCGUUGGAUCAGAACCUGAGUCCCGAGCCCCCGGCCUACCUAGAGGAGGAGGAACACGAGUACUCGCUUCCUCCUCCAGAGAUUCCUCCGAUCCUCCACGUCCCAGAGCCGCGUUUUUCCCUCCGUUCCAACAGUCCCCUACAGCAGGAGGACGCCCGCAAUUUCUCCGACUCCGAUUUCAGCGCCUCUGAACCCCGUGCUCCUACCACUCCGUCAGACGGUCCGCCGGAAUUCCGCGCUCCGGAUCCCAUCCCCCAUAACUCCGCGAUGCCUGACCCCCCCUCCAUGAACACAACUUUGGAGAGCACUUCACAUGCCUCCCUCUCCGCCAUAGAGGACAAACUGCAGGAGACUCGACUUGCCGAGCCACAGGAAAAACGCCAUUCUCCGCUCAUCGUGAUGGCUCAUCAUGAGGCUGUACAGUGGCGCCGUACACAGAUCAGGGGCAGCGACAGCUCUGAGGAUGAAGAUGAGGAGGAAGAGGAAGAGGAUGAUGAUAUUGAAUGGGGACCAGCCACAGAGCUGUAAAGGACAAAGACUAGUCUGACCAUUUGAUCAGACCCUGUGUGUUUCGACACCAGUGAAUAAACCAGUCUGCCUCAAUCCCAAAACCAGUGACUCGCCCAAAAACGGCAGACGCGCUGAGAAA